UGCAUACAAAAAUUUCACUGGAUUAUUACAAUUAAUGGCAAAAGGACUGUUAUUUCCUGCUGACACACUACAGCAAAAGAUAGAAAUAACAGACUUAAAACCAGUUGGGUGUUUGGGUGUGUUUUGUUGGUGAAAAUACUAAUGGCCUAAGACUUUUUCACAGUACUGUAUAUCUGCAACUAAAUGAGUGUGUAUGUAUGUCGGUGUAUGUGUGUGUGCAAGCAUGCUUAUUAAGUACUAAUAUACUAGUUUAAUCAUUUCAUUUCAGUGUGUGUGUGUGUCUGUGAGCCUAUUCUCCAUUCUGGAUGUGUUUUACUGUCAGCUAUACCUCCAAGUACAUCCUAGACCCUAAAAGCAUACCACCUUAAAGACCUUAGAAUGCUUGAACCCCGGUAAUCACUGCUUGCAGCUAUAUUUUGAUUUGGUUCUACAGGCCUAAAAAACACUCACACACAAUAUCAUCUUUAAAUCUAAAAUUGUACCUUUUUUUAUGUAAGAUUCAUGGCAAAUGAUGAAAUCAGCACUGAGAUUAUAGAAACAUCUGCACUGAUGACAUAUGAGGUUCUGUAAACAAAAUAAGGCUCAGCCCAUCUAAAGCUCUAUAAAAACAGCACAAAUGGAGGAGAGUUAGGAGGUUAGGAGGUAGACUCUAUUUGCCUUGAGGUACAUCACAACUUACACCUUCCGACUUCAUGAGGUUUUUUAUGGCUAAGUUUUGCUGUCAAGAUGAACAUAACCAAAAACAACAAUUUGAGCAGCACGUCUAAUUUGAACAACGGAAAUGAGAAGCUUUUGCUGGUGCAGGUACUGGUGGGGAUUCUUCUCUAUGUGAACGGACUGAUGAUUUUCACCUUUUUGAAGAAAGAGACCUUCAGGGAAACACGCUACAUUCUGUUUGCUCAGACUCUUUUCGCUGACUCUGCUCUUAUGCUGUUGACUGAUUUAACCCUCAUGGGGUCGUUUUACCAGUACCCUGUGCAUAUAAUUCCUUGUUAUAUCUUCUGCACACUUACAUCUUUGGUCUCUGUUGUUUCACCCAUGACUCUUGUAGCCAUGUGUUUGGAGCGCUAUGUAGCCAUAUGUAUGCCUUUAAGACAUUCUAGCAUCUCCACUCCUAAAAACACCUUUAUUGGGCUUCUCGCCAUAUGGAGUGUCAGUUUUAUAAUCCCAUUGUUUAUUUUCAUAGUCUGUUUUGUCUAUAUUCCUCCUGGUGUCUUGCGCCUUUAUGUUGUGUGUACAGUGGAGGCCAUGUUACAGAUAAAAUGGCUGGCAGACAUGAGAGCGAUGAGUCUGCAGCUCUUAUUCAUCAUUAUGUUGAGUAUUAUUGUCUCCACCUACAUCAAGAUUGUGUUGGCGGCCAGAUCUGCCUCCUCAGAGAAGAAAAACUCCACAAAUAAGGGUCUCAAAACUAUAAUUCUCCAUGGAGUUCAGCUGCUUCUGUCUAUGAUGCAGCUUAUAAUCCCUUACAUAGAAAUGCCUUUAUGGAAAGUAAAUGUCAUGCUGUUUGUGAAUGUAAGAUACUCAAAUUUCAUUUUGUUUUUGAUCUUGCCUCGUUGUUUGAGUCCCUUAGUUUAUGGAUUACGAGACAAAAAGUUUUAUAAUGCUCUUAAAUAUUACGCCUUUUGUGGCAUUUUGGUAUGUAAUAAGCACAAAAUAAGAGAUGGUAAAACCUUUAGAGGUGUAGUAAGCAUUUCCAUACACAAUUAA